AUGCUUCCUUUGAGGCUCACCAAGAAACCCCUCAAGGUGGAAGAUGUCAUGAAGCUGCUGUGCUGCAUCUCUAAGAAUAAGAAGAUAAAGCUGGCUGUCAGGUACUCUGUGAGGAGCGCCCUGAUCACAGGAGGUGUGGCCUGCAUCUGUGGUCUGGUCGGGGGCCUACUCGGACUAGCUGUUGGAGGGGCUGUCGGGGGACUCUAUAGUGCAUGGAUGGAAAGGGGACAGUUCAAGCCGAUUCCUGAGGUCAUAAUGGAGCUGACGCCCAGUGAGCAGCAAAAGCUCUAUAAUGAAGUCAUGGCCAUCCUUGGGCACCUGUGCUGGCUGGACACUAUGGAGCUGACCAUGCUGGUCAUGAGCAGCAAAGCUCUGAAGCAGCAGCUUCUGGCCAUGGUGAAAGAGUUCCUCAAAGGCCUUGCACAUUGA